ACCGCUGCCUUGAAUUGAGUUUGCUCUUACUCUAUUCAUACGAUAGAAUACUACCAGGUUCCAUGGAGAUCGUCUACGUCUACACGAAACUUCGCAAGGAAUUUGGCCGCCAGUGUCUGUUCUCGGACCGGCCCGCUGAGCUGGUGGUGGACGUGCUCCCGGAGCCGAGUCUAAGUCGGGAGUUCAUCACCACAACCCCCAGAGAUCAGGCCCAGCAGGUGUACCGCGAGAUGUCCGAGCACCAGGUGAACACGGAGCACUUUGAGUCGGCCAGCAUUGGGAUCAACCAUGUGGAGGGGGGUUGGCCCAAAGACAUCAACCCUGAGGAUAUGGAGCAAACCCUCCGUUACAGGAAGAAGGUGGAAAAAGAUGAGCGCUACACCAACAGCAUCCUGCAGUUGGCCAGUGUAAUGGAGCACUACAUCAGACAGAACAAUGCUGUGGACAUCUACGAGGAGUACCUGGAGGAGGAGAUGGAGGUGGAGGGAGUUCAGGAGCCACCAUCCGCCAAGACCAUCAAUGUUUUUAGAGAUCCUAAUAAGGUGAAACGUACCAUCACAGGGCUGUCAUGGCAUCCCGACAGCGGCAGAAAGCUGGCAACCGCCAACUCCUGCCUCAAGUUCCAGAAAGCUUCCGAAGACAUGAGCCCGGACUCCUACAUCUGGGACAUUGAGAACCCAAACAGACCAGAUAUGGCACUCACACCGACAUCUCCACUUAUCUGUCUGGAAUAUAAUCCCAAAGAUUCAUACACUCUGGUAGGAGGUAGCUUCAAUGGGCAGAUUGCAUUCUGGGACACCCGGAGAGGCAGCCAUCCUGUGCAGUUUUCCCCUCUGGAGCAGAGUCACAGGGACCCACUCUACAAAGUUGUCUGGCUGCAGUCCAAGACUGGAACUGACACAUUCUCUGCCUCCACGGAUGGACAGAUUCUGUGGUGGGAUGUUCGCAAGUUGAGCGAGCCCACAGAGCGUCUGGUUCUAGACCUUGGCAAGGAGGAGAACCUAAAUCGAGCUUUAGGAGCCAUCUCACUGGAGUUUGAAACCACCAUGCCUACUAAGUUCAUGGUGGGGACGGAGCAGGGUAUCAUUGUCUCCUGUAACAGGAAAGCAAAGACACCAGCUGAGAAAAUAGUAAGUACGUACGAAAGUCACCACGGGCCCAUCUACGCCCUGCAGAGGAAUCCCUUCUUUCCUAAAAACUUCCUCACAGUGGGGGACUCGAUUGCCCGGAUCUGGUCUGAGGACAUCAAGGACUCAUUCAUCAUGCAGACCAAAAACCAGAUGGCAUCCCUGACAGAUGCCUGCUGGAGUCCAGUCAGACCCUCGAUCUUCCUCACAGUUAGGAUGGACGGUGUCUUGGAUGUCUGGGACAUCCUGUUCAAACAGAACGACCCCACACUCAGUCUCAAGGUGUGUGACAAGGCUCUGAACAGCCUUCGCAUUCAUGAUAACGGGCGUUUGGUGGCAUGUGGUUCUGAGCAGGGCGAUGUCAUGCUGCUGGAAAUCUGCUCUGAACUGUCGACAAUCCAAAACAACGAGAAGAAUCUGCUGUCUGCUAUGUUUGAGCGCGAGACAAAGCGAGAGAAGGUCCUGGUGGCUCAACAGAGAGAGAUUCGUCUGAAGGAGAAGGGUCAAAUGGAGCAGGGCAAAGAGGAGGAAGGAGGUCAGGAGGAGCUAGAGGAGAGUCCUGAAAAGCUGAUCGCCAGAGCCGAGAAGGACUUCUACAGCAUGAUAGAGAUGGAGUAGAGGAGGAGGAAGGAGAGG